CAAUCAGACAUAAACCUAUCACCCUCACAUAGUGCUGUCUUGGAAUCCAAUAUAUUUCCGUGAAGCUUCCCAGUCUUCAUCGUUUGCCCUCUUUAUAUGUGUUGUUGCAAAAACCAAAGACUCAACUCUUGUUAUGUAUCAAUCUGCAACCUAUUUGAAUUCCAAAACGCUUCUGCUGUAGCAAAGAAGAAGUUUGUAAAAGUAAGCUGUCAAUUGAACAGGACGGACGGACACAUGGAUCAACAACAGCAGGGUGAUAAGAAUCUGAGUGUGUUCGUUGGACCCUGGGGAGGAAAUGGAGGAACCGCUUGGGACGACGGGAUCUAUCAUGGUGUGCGUGAAAUCAAGCUUGUAUAUGAUCACUGCAUUGACUCCAUCUCUCUGGUCUACGAUAAGAAUGGUAAAGCUGUGAGAUCAGAGAAGCAUGGAGGCCAGGGAGGCAACAAAACAACAGAGGUAAUGUUCCUCUCUCAGUUUCUGUACAUUUAUCUCUUAGAUUUUGGUUUCUUUAACAUGAACCGUAUUUAUAUUCAGAUAAAGCUGCAAUACCCAGAAGAGUAUCUGAUCGGCGUGAGUGGUUACUACUGUCCAGUAGUGCACAGUGGUACUCCUGUGAUCAGAUCAAUGACCUUCAAGAGCAAUAAACAGGUGUAUGGACCUUACGGAGUUGAACAAGGAACACCUUUCAGUUUCUCAGUAAACGGAGGUCGCAUUGUUGGCAUGAACGGUAGAAGCGGCUGGUACCUUGAUUCCAUCGGCUUCCAUCUCUCACGCCCUAAAUCAACCAAGGUGAUCCAUAAGCUUCGAAAGAAGAUUCACUGGUUCACAAGAAUGGUUGCAUGACAAGGCCUUCUACAUAGAAUAGAAUAUUUAUGUAUAGAUGUAACACUGAACUCUGCGAAUAAGGAUGUUACUUUUUUGUUGCACAAACUCAUAUCAUUGAAAUGAUAAAAACAAAGCACA